AUGGCCGGUGUUAAAGCUUUUGAAUUGAGAACCAAGUCCAAGGAGCAACUGGAGCAACAGUUGAUCUCCUUGAAGCAGGAGUUGGCUGCUUUGAAGGUCCAGAAGCUAUCCAGACCAUCCUUGCCAAAGAUCAACACCGUCAGAAAGAGCAUUGCUCGUGUCUUGACCGUCAUCAACCAGAACCAGAGACAGGCUGUCAGAGAGUUGUACAAGGGCAAGAAGUACCAGCCAAAGGACUUGAGAGCAAAGAAGACCAGAGCUUUGAGAAGAGCUUUGACGAAGUUCGAGGCUGCUCAGAUCACUGAGAAGCAGAGAAAGAAGCAGAUUGCUUUCCCACAAAGAAAGUACGCUAUUAAGGCCUAA